AUUAUUAAAUAAAAAAUUCUACAACAAUGGAAAGUGAUGGCGAAAGUGUAGCAGAGGGGAAUUUAUUUUAUUUCGAAAGCGAUCAUUUGGCUUUAAGAGGCAAUCAGGACUAUACGAAUAUGUUGCGCACCAUUGCAGUUUUAGAGGCGCAAAAAAUCCGGGCACAGCAGCAUAUCGAGGAAUUGGCUUUAGCCAAAAAGCGUUACCUGGAGGAGCCGGAGCUGUUUUUGGCUAAAAUUAAGAACAAUGAAGAAAUAAUAAGUCCAAAUUAUAUGACCAUAGCAACGAUACCCGAAAUAGGCCAUUAUGAUGAUAUGCCGGCGGAAGAAGUAAAGGUGAAAGAAGAAGACAACAUUGGUGGCUCAACAGAUAAUAAAAGUGAUGUGCAAGUUAAUAGAGGCCGCGUUAUGGAUGACACCAAACCAGAGACAUUUAAUCAACUCUGGACGGUGGAAGAACAAAAACGUCUCGAAGAGCUGCUUAUCAAGUUUCCCGAAGAACGCAUUGAAAUGCAUAGAUUCAAUAAAAUAGCCAAAGCUUUGGGUAAUCGUACCGCACGCCAAGUUUCCAGCAGAGUACAAAAGUACUUUCAAAAACUACACAGCGCUGGUAUGCCCAUACCAGGACGUAUACCUAAAAAUAGACGUGUGGGUCAUGCUAAAUCGAAACACUAUUAUCGCCCUUCCACAUUUUUUCCAUCGCAUAAUGUUCCUGUUCACAUGCCAGAAGAUGAUUUCUUUUUGCAUGACUUACACAUGCCUGCCGCUGAGACUAGCGCAAACGAAAAUGUUCGCUCUAACUCUUUAGACACUUUAAGUGACCUUAAAACAGAACCUAUUACCUCUGAGAUACAACAACAAAUUGUUAAUUUAUUAAAAAUUAUCAAACAGGAAAAACUUAACACCCCCGAGGGUUAUAAUCCAGAUCCCAUGGCUGCCAAAUGUGAAUCCUGUCAAUUUGCUGCUGUCUCUCGUUUACGCUGGCGUUGUAAUACCUGUUAUUGUUCACUGAAUAUGUGUGCAGACUGUUUGGUUUAUCAGCUGGUGCAGCAUAAGUUUGAUCACUUUUCGCAUGAUGUAGUGGCCGAAACUGAAAUGUGAUUGUCUUUUUAGUUAGUUUUUUUUAGAUUAAAUAUUAAUUUUUAAUUUUUUUUAGAUUAAAUCAAGAAAGAAAAAUUUAAUAA